AUGAGCACACCCGAACCAGUUCCCUCCCCGGCCCAGGGCGUGGGGCCGAUCUAUCGCCCGGAUGGAGAGAAGCCCACCGCGACUGUCUCUAAAAAUGCCUCCUUUGAGAAUGUCCACGUGCUGGCGCAGACGCCGCAACUGAUCGCCCUGUUGACCAUGAUCCGGGAUAAGAGAACGGUGCGUGCCGACUUCAUCUUUUACUCCAACCGAAUCAUUCGGCUGUUGGUCGAGGAGGGCCUCAACCACCUGCCCGUGGUCGAGCAGUCCGUGACUACCCCGGUCGAUCGGGCCUAUCUUGGAGUCAAGUUCGAGGGCAAGAUCUGCGGAGUAUCGAUAAUGAGAGCCGGUGAGGCCAUGGAACAGGGACUGCGGGACUGCUGCCGCUCUGUACGGAUUGGAAAGAUCUUGAUUCAACGUGACGAGGAGACCUGCAUGCCCAAGCUCUUCUACGAGAAGCUUCCGGCGGAUAUUGCCGAACGUUGGGUCCUCCUCUUGGAUCCCAUGUUUGCGACCGGGGGAUCGGCCACGUUGGCGGUGGAAGUCUUGAAGGAGAAGGGGGUCCCCGAGCAUCGCAUCCUGUUCCUUAACCUCAUCGCCUCUCCAUCCGGAGUCGCAGACUUUGCGGUGCGGUUCCCUAAGCUGCGGGUCGUGACAGCUUUCAUCGACCAGGGCCUGGAUGAGAAAAAGUACAUCAUCCCGGGCCUGGGCGAUUUUGGCGACCGCUACUAUACAUUGUAA